ACACCGCUGAUUACCCCCAGGCAGUCAAGGAUUCGAUGUUGUAUAAAUUGAAAAGGACAGAAGAUUAGAAUGAUAAACAGUCGUGAAUAUGCUAUAAUACCUCCGCCGCCCUUGAAGUUCACUUUAGAUGAAUGGCACCUUAACAAUCGAUUUAGAUACCGAUGUUCCGAAGCUCAACAGGAAUUAGCCGAUCGGCUUUUGACCGAGUCACAACGCGUCUGCGAAGUAAGUGCAGAAAAAGUAAAAAGCAAUAAAGAUGAGACCGAUCACAGAUUGAAGGAGAAACUCGAAGAUAUUGAGUUUCGCAAAAAGGAACUGCUGCGUAUAAGGAAAGACGUUCUUCUCGAGACUGAUGCCCUAUCGAUUUACAAAGAACGCAUCAUGAACGCACUCUCUUCCGUGAGGAGGAAUGCUCUCGUUAUUUGUGAGAAAUGUCUCAUGUUUAGAGAGCAUAGAUUGGGAAUCGAUUUGGUCCACGACGACGUCGAGAAAGAGCUAUUGAAAGAGUGCGAGGUUAUCAAAGGAGUUGAAAAUCUUCUGGUACGAACACUGGAACAAACCCAAGAGCAGAUACGCCGACUCAAAGCGACCCUUUACUAUAUGGACCACGAUCUUGAGGCUAAAGACAACAAUCUGCGUGUUGAUAAACAUAACCUGACCCUUAAAGAGACUAGCUUGAAUUUGAGCAUUUAUCAUGGUACUUCGCGGCUUGACCCAUCGACGAUCGAAUUGAACGAGUGGGAGAUGCAAACAAAUGCGAACAUUGUUAACGCUUCGAAGGAAGUAAAUAGCGCCAGACCGAUGCGUUGCUACAUUGACACGAUAAUAAAACAGGCGGUCUACGACUUGAAUCAGCAGAAGGACGCAACCGAUAAUGCCUUCAAACGGCGGAUCGAUGAAACGAAAGAAGCAAAAACGAAAUUAGAAUUACAGCACGCCGAGAUAAUGAGGCAAGCAAGCGAAAUGACGCAGAACAUCACGCGAAUUGAGAAGUCAAUAGCGGAAAAAGAAUGCUAUUUAGCUCUAGCGCAUACGAGAUUGGGGAAUCGAUGUCAACGGCCGGGACUAGAACUUACACGAGAUUUGGUGGAAACUCAGCUUGUCAAAGAAGUCUACGAGCUACGUGAAGUCGUAUCGAAAUUACAAGCAACUAUGUUCGAGGCUCAAGCGUCACUUCGCUAUCUACUGAAGACGCAAAUUCAAAUUGAGGAAGAUAUCAACAUUAAAACAAAUACCUUAAAAAUUGACGAGGUAGACUGUAUGACUCUGCGUCUUAGUAUGGAUUAUCACGUAUAUUAAAUUCAUUUUCAGGAGUUCUAUAUCAUUUGUAUUUUAUGAACUUAUAUAUCAUAUGAACUGAUAUAUCCAUAAUAAAAUUUUACAAAUUUACAAAGUA